CGGCUGUGGCAAGGAUUAAGGACACUUUUAUGCAUUGCAGAUCUUAAUAACGUUGACCCCGGCCCUCGCCACGCGCACUUUCCACACCUGUCCUGUCUCCGUUCUGGUAUGUUAAUUCUCUCGCGCGCGUCCCUCGACUAGAUAAUACGCGCGAGGCGUAAUCUCGCAAGAUUGCGUUGCAAUAAGACCGGCGACGCUUUAUCCGAGGUCGAUAAGAUAUAACAUUGGCUCUCGGGCAAUCAUACGAUACUCCGCGGUGUACUAACAUUAUAGCGUUAAAUAUAGAUGUCCCCCCUCCCUGCAUUCUUCCCUAAAGUGAUUUUAAACAUUUCGUCAAUGGCGGGGUUCUUCAGUCUCACGUUGUUUGCUCAUGGUGCCAGUUGGUUCUUGCGAGACAUACGAAGCACUUGCUGCCACUUUUGGCCGUCUCCUCCUCGCGCCGCGUUUGACAACUUCCACCGCCUUCCUCUCGCGAGGGAGAUUUAUUUUUGUCAAUUACUUAAAGUGACUUUCGCGUUCGUGGAUAAAUCAUCGAUGAUCCAUGGUGUUCAGAACUUCGUGCGAUUACCAGUCUCUUGAAAAUUUCGGACGAAAGCGAACACUCAGGGGAAUGUUGUUUACGAAUGGAUUUUGAUUUACGCGACACGGGGUCUUCGGGAUUGAAGCACGGAGAGCCAGGGCGAAGGGAAUAGACGCGAUCGGCGCCAUGUCACGCCCUUGUAUCGUCAAGAUUACCGUCGACUAAGAGUUUCACGUAUCUCUGGCCCCGUCAUACACUUAUUAUUUAUGAAUGGAUGGAGCUGCGACGGGAAUUGGAGGAGGACCGGUUGCGGACCUGGGAAAUCUGGAAAGAUGGUGGAACAAUCCGGGGAUCGCGGCCUGGAGCUUCGUGCUCUUCGGCUGCUUUCUCCUCAACGCGACUCUUUUGCUCGCGUUUCUCGUUAGGCCAGGACUACGCACCAUCUCUAACAGAUUCGUGAUGAAUCUAACGGUCUCGAAUCUGCUGACGUGCGCGGUGCUGAACCCAUUGCUGAUGAUGGACGGCCCGGCGGCAGCGGACACUCUAACGACUUCCACGUCGACGCCGGACAACAUCGCGUCGCCGUUCGAUCCGACGUCGACGUCGACGCCGACGUCCUCAUCAGCCGCAUCGGCCGCCAGCAAUAUCUGCGCGAUAUCGGAAGGUGCGACCGCCCUCGUCACCACGUCGUCGGUGCUGUCGGUCCUGCUGAUCGCCGUCGAUCAGUAUUUUGCCGUGGUGGACCCACUACGUUACCGGGCCCGAGUCGACAAGCUCAAGUCGGCUGUGCUGAUCGUCUCCAUCUGGCUGGUCUCGGCGGUCUUCGGCGUGAUCGCCGCGUUGAAUCCGAGUCCGCGCAGUCUGUGGCUUUCCUGCAGCACGACACUGGUGUUAUCGGGCAACUCGUCCUACCGCGAACGCGUGUUCGCGCCAAACGUUACCGCGACGGCAGAGACGUCGAUCGAAUCUGCGUUCGCGUUCUUCGGCAACGGGACAAGCGAGGAGGAGGAGGAGGAGGAGGAGAUGAUCGUCAGCGCGACGUCGACGUUGCUCGAUUCAAUCAAGAUCGAUAGCAGCAUCGACCUCCUCGAGAACUCCACCGUGAUUUUACGCACCAUGACCAGUGACUCUGUUACUUACGGACUCAUUUACACGGUCGUGCACAGUGUAUUCGCGUAUCUGCUUCCGUUCGCCGGUGUUUGCUGGAUCUAUCUCAGCAUCUAUUCAGCCGCGCAUCGAAACUCCGAGAGAACCCGCAGGACUGGCUCGCGACCGAUUCUUUCGUCGGGCAGCUUCAGCGAAGAUCCAUACGGUUACGCGAAGACACAGCAUCAAUCCGCUGACACGUUUCCCGAAGAAUUUCGCAGAAUACCCAAGAUCUCGAGUCUCUCGUCCAUCGACGAGACCAGCGAGACCGCGCACUCGGCCAAUCAGAUAUCACGUCGGAGAUCUUUUUCAGCAUCCUCGGACGCCGCACAGACGGGACCGAGCGACGAGAAGACAUCGUCGGGGGUCGUUUUCACAGUAGGACUGCAACCGGUGGAAGUGUCGCCGCCGCGCGAUCAAGACGAUAAUAAUUUAACGGAGGCGGCGGAUCUGCAGACAAACUACCUCAAGAGAGAACGCGGUGUUUCGUCCUACGAGAACCUCGUCGUGAACAAGUUUUGCGAUUCGGAAGCGGAUCGGAGACGGAAAUCUUCGUGCGAUCUAACGGAUGAGGUCCGGGAAUCCUCUCGAUGGAUCGCCGGGGCGGACUCGAGUGAUUCCGAGUCCGAAGACGACGAGCGACGCUACAAUUACUUCGAUUCUUUGAAAGUUCCUAAAACAACUCGCAAGAUCACGGAUCGAAGGCCCUCCGAUUACCUCCUGUCUUCGGUCGCUAAGUGCGAGAGGACAGAGGAACCGCGUGAUGACGUGGAAGAUCUCGAACGGGACUCUUUCAAGAGGACGACUCGUCGCGUCGACGAUGAGGAGAUCUCUGUCAAGAUGACGGAACGCGAGCAAAUAAUGCAAAACGAGGUCCCGAAUCCCAGCGGUAAUUUGGAGAACAAGAGAUCCAGACGACCCAGUCGCCGUUUGUCGAGACCGGGCAUUUUUGACGUCAAUGUGGAAUCGUACGCGAUUGGUAGAAACGCGGAAAACAUCGGGAACAAUAGUUUGGAGCCCUCGUCUUGCCUUCUGACACCCAUCGUGACGAUCACGCCAGCUCCGGGCAAGCCGGGCACGUUGCACCGGGUGGCCAGUGUACGCAGCACCAGCAGCUACAUCAACACUCUCAAGCACCGGAUUAGCAACGGCUCCCUGUUCAGGUAUCGCGAAGAGACCCGAGCGGCCAGAAUCAGCGCGCUGGUAAUCGUAAUGGGCCUAAUCUGCUGGUCACCGUACGUGCUGUUGAGCGUGAUUAAAAACUUGCCACAGUACUCGGAUUACAUGUUCCCGCACGAAUACGACGUGGUCGCGCUCAGCUUUCUGAUCUUGGCCGCCUACGCGAGUCCGCUGCUCUUCGGUUAUCGGUCUCGCCGGGUGAAACGGGAGCUGCGCAAGUUCUUCUGCUUUCAUCGCGAGCUCUCCUACAAGAACAAUCGCAGCCUGAUGGCGAAGAAGGUGCUAAAGCGCCGGCACAGCAGUACUCUGAGCCACCUGGAGAUGGAUCACCGUUACAACAUCUUCAACUGCGUCUACGGCAGGAGCAGGUGGCCCAAGGAGAAGGUGCAGUUCGUCCAAGUCCCUGACACCGCUCUCGCCGUGGAGACCUGCAGGAGCAGUUUUUCCAGCGGCGCUAGCACACAGAUCUCCAGCACGUCCACGGAGGAGUGUUGAAUCGCGAUGAAUCUCGCGAAAUUGCGCAGAGCUCUGCGCGUCGAAAUCGCGAGAGAACUGAUUCCUUCGAUGUUCGUUGCGAUCACACGGGAGAAAGAAUACGCGCGAUGCAGAGGGGGACAGCGUAAAUUAUGCCCGCGUUUACGUACGUGGUUUAAGCUCGUCGAGGGACUUGGAGCGAUCGAGACAAUAAGUAAUGUGGCCGGAUGAAAGGACGGUUUGCGUAUGUUUUGGUACGUGGGUCGGCAUACUUUUCAAACUCGUCACGGUCUUUAAGUGUUUCAGAGAUACCUUUUAUUUUCGGACAAUGUGGUGUGAAUGAGACCGAGCGACGCGAACGUUUGUGUUCCGAGCAGUCGGCGGCUCGUCUCUUUACGUCCUCGACUCUCCUACGUGCGAAUCCAAUUGCCACGUCAAACACGUCUUUCUUCCGACAACACAUUCUUUCGCUUGUGCGUAACGAGGCCUAAUUUGGCAGAAUAAAAGUGCACUGACGCAAUCGUUGAUUUCGAAAACGACACGGGUUUGGAAACUCGACGUCGCGCGUCGUCGCAAAACCGAAUAUGUAAUAUCGCGUCGGCACCAUGGCCGUAAUCAAAAUAAACGCACAAAGUCGUUGCGUCUCGCGUAUUGGCGAACUGGCGCGUAAAACCGCUAUUUGAUAUUCAUUAAACGGAAGUAUCCGUUUUAGUAUUAAGAGCAUUAUCGCGCUCAAGUCGUCAGGUGUUAACCGGCUCGAGAAGUAUUAGAGUUCGCCGAACCCGAAAGGAGGCUUUAGUCUUUACGCUUAUUUACGCACUGCAUCCACGUACUUUCUCCCCUCUCUUCUCUCCCUUCAUUUCCUAUCUGCGUUUGUCGGCGUAGUUGCGGCAGCAUCGUCUGGCGCACGCAGGUAGAUGAAUCUGGUUGCAGCGGCGUGCACUCUUAUAAGCUAUUUACAUUACGCUAUUUAUUACGCAGAACGUCGAACAUGUGUCGUCCGUACGGUUCUGUAUGUAGAUAUGUACACAGCAUUUCUCAUGACAAGACCUCUCGCCGAGGCGACGCCGUGCCCCGUCGAGAGGGCACCCCCCGCGAUUCCUUUUGUACAUUACAAGUGUAGAGAUUCGUUUAUUUAUAUUAAAUAAUUUGUACAUAGAAAGAUGAACGGCGAAUCUCAAGCGCUAAUCCGUAUCCCGUACGUACUACGUAGAAUUAUUCGCAUCCUGUGCGCAGCGUUUUCAUCAGCGUGGUUCAUACGUACAGCAAAAUGUACGAUACCGUCAUUACCGUUUUGUAUUAUCCGCCAUGGUGAACUCGAACAGGCUGUCUAUGACAUGUGAUAACACCAAAACCAAUAUUAGCCACUUAAUAUUAGCUUAAUAUUAAUUUAUGUGACUUUCUCAAUAAAACACUUUUUGCGAGAUACAA